GUGAGGGAGAUAAGUGUUUCCAGUUUCAGAGAUUUUUGUAGUUCGUUCCAGUCAUUGGCAGCAGAGAACUGGGUUCUCCUGACCUGACCUGGGCUGGGACACAGACCAGUUCCCCAUGGACAUCAGGAACACCACCAUGAUCAUGAAGACUGUGAUAGAGCAGGGUGGUCUGCAGCCGGGGGGUCUGAACUUCAAUGCUAAGGUGCGUAGGGAGUCCACAGACCUGGAGGACCUGUUCAUAGCCCACAUCGGAGCCAUGGACGCCUUCGCAUGCGGCCUGAGGAAUGCGGUCAGGAUCAUAGAGGAAGGAGUUAUGACCAGCAUGGUCAAGGAGCGCUACAUGAGCUUCAGCCAUGGGAUUGGUCAGAAAGUAGAGGAUGGCAGCGCCUCAUUGGAGGAGCUAGAGGACUUUGUCAAGCAAAAUGAGCAGCCCAAAGUCACAUCAGGAGAAAUUUGAAACAGUCUUUAACCACUACCUGUGAAGACAUGUGGUGAAGUCUUGUUUGACCAUGACACCCCUUGUCCUGAGUGUUAGUGUCCAUCCUGACCUUUCAUAAUCGUAUUCAUGCACAGUGUUAUAGUUUCAUGUGACUAACUACUAUUACAGUUAUAGUAUAAAUAAUUAAUCAGUGGAUGAGUCUUGUGAAUGUGGACUAUUUUAAUGCACACUCCUGUAAUGUUGACAUGAUUCGAUUGUGAGGCCAUCAAUGGUAAAAACCAGAAAUAUGAAUUUAAUGGAGUAUAAAUUAUAUGGCAUUUCAAAUAUUGAAUUAAUGAAGGAAUUAAUUAAUUGACCACUGAUCGAUUGGUAGAGUUUUUCAUACUGGAGUUGUAUACAAAGAAGCAAACCCUAUUGUGUCAGUGUUUAGCAUUACUAUUAUAGUUAUUAACAUAAAUAUAAAUAUAUAGUGUUGCUACUUAGCUUCUAAUGUUAUAGUAACAUUAAAAAUGUCCUAGUAGGGGUCUUGGCAAAAAGACUUUAAAAAAAAACGUUAUGCAAUAUUUAAUAAGGCUCCCCAACAUAAACUAGGAUGCCCUCAGAAAUAAAAUACAUGUUUGUAUUGAUAUCCUCACAAUCCAACAUAUCUACAUAAUCAACCCAAGGCAAAAUACCGGUAUGUAACACAAUCCAUAACAGCGUUAUUUCCUAUGUCUGGCAAAGAGUCCUGACUGCGAACCGGUUUGGUAACUUCCUCCGUAGUGUAACAUUGUAGACCAAUAGACCCCUUUCCAGCAUAUGACACACUGACAGUAAGAAAGACAAAGCCUACAUUUACGUUUGUAUUACUUAUAAAUAAAAUAACUUUUUGGGGUUCUCAUACGCUUACAACGAAGUUUUGAAUCUUGCUUGAACAGUCGCUAAGAUUAUUUGGUUGUGAUCUUUGUAAAAUAACUAUUUUGGAUGCAGCAGUUGUUAGCUAGAAUGCUAACGCUCGUUGACAUAGGCUGUAGCAAAAGCUAGCCAAAGAGCCAUUUUGCUGGUUGAAGUUGAAGUGUUUUUUAAAAAGUAUAAUGCAGUUGAUUUGCGAUGAUGACACAAACAAGACAUUCAUACAAGGCUUAAAAUCAAAUUAUAACAAAAAGUAGUAUGAAAUGCACUCAUAAGCAACAUGUAAAUACUGGCUCUUUCCCCUGUGUCCUAUAAGAACUUCCACUUGUUCUGCCAUCAAUUUACACGCAUCGCCAUCGUGUGGCAAUGUGUGCAAACACAGAAAAGGGUCUAUAGACACCUUUCCAGUGACAUCAUAUCAUACUAUCCUCUCUCAGCCAGCGCUCCAACCAGCAGCCGAGGAU